CUCAAUUCUCCUCUUUUGAAACUCUCUCUUCCCAUCUCGCUCUUGGAUUUGUUAAUUGACAGAUCGAGGCAAGCUUUGUUGUUCUUUAAUUCACUGCCGGAGCAUCGUCAUUUUGGUCGCAGGCGAAGUUCUCAACUGGAGAAAAGGAUUUGGAACUUCAGAAUCCAUCCCCCGACAUCGCAGGUUAUGAAGUGAAUGAUCUGAGAUGAAGUCGUGUGGCUAUAGAUUGGGUUUGGAACGAUUGAUUCGGCGAAUUUUAUAGAUUCACAGUUUUUGUUUUACUUCCAGGUGGAGGGGUGGAGCUACUCCUCCACUGCAUUAUGUUCAGUUCAGAGAUUCUGGCGAGUGGAGGUAGUCAUGGUGCCAUGAUUUUAGUGGAGUUGUCCUUCUCCUGUUGGCAUAUUCGUUUUUGCCGCCUCAGUAAUGCAAGAUAUGCAUAUUUUGGUUUGGUCUGACCUAUUCGUUUUGCUAUGGAGUUCUUUGAUCGUGGACUACCAAAAUGCCAUGGGUUGAUUAGAACAGAUCCAUUCUUUUCAUUUUACUUUAUCAGGCCUAUGUUCUCAUUUCUGUUACGCGAGUGGAAGUUUGUUUUGCUUACUGGGAAAUCUCCCCAAGUAAUUGAAUCUUUUUAUUAUGUAUUUCAAUUAGCUUCGAAAUCAAUCACCCAAUAGAUUAUUGGUUUUACAUGAUGUUUUAUCUUUCUAUUUAGUGGGAUGAUUCUUACUAUAAAUGUUGGGUUGUUUUACAGGUCUCAAAAUGGAUGCUGACCUCUACUCAGUUGGGUUUAUUUGGAUUCCUAUUGAAACACAACCUCCUAUUCGUGACACUAUUUAUGGAAGAUGAAUGAACUUUUUCAGCUUGCCACAUUAGGAAUGAAUGAGAAUGUUGUUAUUUUUCAAAUUAGGAAUUGCACACACUUGGUCAGAAUCUAUCAUUCAUAUGUUUUCAUGUCUUCUGCUGGCCGCCUAACUUUGUCUCUAAUUAUUUCUCCUCUUGAAAUGCCAA